AUGCGGCCGCAACUGUUUCGUGCGGCCGCCCGGUCUUUCCGGGUCCCAAAUGUCAGCAGCUAUCCCAGGACCUUCGCGACGACUGCCCCUCGCACUGCUGAGGUAGAAGUCACAAUUGAUGGCAAAAAGAUAUCAGUGGAAGCCGGUUCAGCUCUUAUUCAGGCUUGCGAGAAAGCAGGCUCGACAAUUCCAAGAUACUGCUAUCAUGAAAAGCUUUUGAUUGCAGGCAAUUGCCGUAUGUGUCUUGUUGAAGUCGAGCGAGCUCCCAAGCCUGUGGCAUCGUGCGCCUUCCCUGUACAACCUGGGAUGAAUGUCAAGACGAGUUCGCCUCUUGUCCAUAAAGCGAGAGAGGGUGUGAUGGAGUUCUUGCUCGCUAAUCAUCCUCUUGACUGCCCCAUUUGCGACCAGGGUGGAGAGUGUGAUCUUCAGGAUCAGUCGAUGCGUUAUGGCGCUGACCGCGGUCGGUUUCACGAAGUUGGCGGUAAACGUGCCGUCGAAGAUAAAAACAUCGGACCUCUAGUCAAAACUUCCAUGAACAGGUGUAUUCACUGCACACGUUGCGUCCGAUUCAUGAACGAUGUUGCUGGAGCUCCGGAACUUGGAACCACAGGCAGAGGGAACGACAUGCAGAUUGGAACUUAUUUGGAAAAGAAUCUCGACUCAGAAUUGUCUGGUAACAUCAUUGACCUUUGCCCCGUGGGGGCACUCACCUCAAAGCCUUACGCGUUCCGCGCUCGUCCCUGGGAACUAAAGCACACCGAAUCCAUUGAUGUUCAUGACGCCUUGGGCUCCAAUGUUCGAAUUGAUUCUCGUGGGUUGGAAGUCAUGCGUGUAAUUCCAAGACUUAAUGACGAUAUCAACGAGGAAUGGAUCAACGAUAAAUCUAGAUUCGCGUGCGAUGGUCUGAAGACGCAAAGACUUACAACACCAUUGAUCCGCAGAGAGGGCAAGUUUGUCCCGGCCACUUGGGAACAAGCCUUGACUGAAAUUUCAUCUGCUCAACAAAAGCUCCAACCCAGCACAAAUGAGUUCAAGGCUAUUGCCGGGCAUCUCGUUGAUGCUGAAUCGCUCGUGGCCAUGAAAGAUUUGGCUAACAAACUUGGGUCAGAUAACCUUGCCCUGGAUCAACCUGGAGGCAGUUCACCCAUUGCCCACGGUGUUGAUAUCCGCUCCAACUAUCUUUUCAACUCUAAGAUCUACGGUAUCGAGGAAGCGGAUUCUAUUCUUCUUGUUGCUACCAACCCUCGCCACGAAGCAUCUGUCCUCAAUGCUCGCAUUCGCAAACAGUACCUGCGCUCUGACCUCGAAAUUGGACUGGUCGGAGAAAAGUUCGACAGCACUUUUGACUACGAGCACCUUGGAGCUGAUAUCUCUGCCUUGAAGUCGGUCCUCUCUGGACAGUUUGGUGAAAAGCUCGCUUCCGCUCAACGCCCAAUGAUUGUUGUCGGUAGCGCCGCAGCUGAGCACCCUGAUGCCAAGGCAAUUUUCGAGGUAAUUGGAGGCUUCGUCGACAAGCACGCCAAUAACUUCAACACCCCCGAGUGGCAAGGAUACAACGUUCUUCAGCGCGCAGCAUCCCGCGCAGCGGCAUACGAGGUUGGGUUUACUACGCCAUCCCCGGAAGUCGCCCAAGCGAAACCUAAGAUGGUCUGGCUCCUGGGUGCGGAUGAAGUUAGCCGUAGCGAUGUUCCAAGCGACGCAUUUGUCGUCUACCAAGGUCAUCAUGGUGACCGCGGGGCUCAGCUGGCCGACGUUGUCCUCCCCGGUGCGGCCUACACCGAGAAAUCCGGCACCUAUAUCAACACCGAGGGUCGCGUGCAAAUGACUCGUGCUGCGACUUCCUUGCCUGGUGCUGCACGUGAUGACUGGAAGAUUAUCCGUGCGAUCAGCGAAUUCCUUGGUGCACCACUUCCCUACGACGACAUUGAAGCUCUCCGUGACCGUAUGGAGGAAAUCAGCCCUGUAAUGCGGCGCUAUGAUGUGGUCGAAGCAACUUCUCUCCCCUUGUUGAGCAAGAUUCAAUUGGUUGAGCAGAACAAGGGCACCCAGCCCACCAAUGCCCCAUUCAAGAAUGUUAUCGAGGAUUUCUACUUUACUGACUCUAUUUCAAGAAGUUCGCCGACUAUGGCUCGCUCCUCUGCAGCCAAGGCCACCGGAAACCCUGAGACGAAUUUCAUGGCAGCUGGUGAAAUGUCUCCCCAGGCUUUGUAUGGUUAA